UUUACAGCUUCGCAGUGGAGGGAGGGCUUCGGUAGCGACAAAAUCGUCCAUUUUGUUUCAGUUGAGUUGGUCGCUGCAUGAAUCUUUAGCAAGGACAUUAUAGGGGUGAGGAAAGAGGUUAGUAAUGUAAAUAAACAUUUCUUGGCUACACUAUACUAUCUAUGGGCUUCCGAGUGGCGCAGCGGUCUCAGUGCUAGAGGCGUCACUACAGACCCGGGUUCGAUUCCAGGCUGUAUCACAACCGGUCGUGAUAGGGCGGCGCGCAAUUGGCCGUCAUUGUAAAUAAGAAUUUGUUCUUAACUGACUUGCCUAAUUUAAAUAAAGAUUGGAAUUUCUGAUCACUGAAAAAGUUGCAUGAAAAAUGAGUGGAAUCAAUGUGAAGAAGCUCAAAGUCAACGAGCUGAAGGAGGCGCUUCAGCUGCGAGGCCUGGAUACUCGUGGCCUGAAGGCGGAUCUUGUCUCAAGGUUGCAGUCAGCACUUGAGGCGGAGGCUGCAGGUGAGGGGGACGGGCCACCGAUUGCCGAUGUUGGGGAGGAGGGGGAUCAGCAACACGAUACUGGCGGAGACGCUGGAGAUGGUGAUGACGGUAAAGAUGAUGGGGAAGAAGAAAAAGAUAUUGAGGACAAUGAAGUACAGUUUGUCUCGCAGGCUGAUUCGGCGAAUGGUGCGAAUGAACAGAGUGAAGAAGACAGCCGGGAUGGGGCACAGAUGUGUGGUCAAGUCCCUACAAUGGGAUAUGGGAUGGUCGAUUUCACAGAAGAUGUGAUGGAGCCACAGAUUCCGCAGGCGUAUGAGUCGGACAAAAGACAAGAGCCGCAGGUGCUAGAACCGGAGAUGCAGGAACCAGAGCCAGUGCAACCAGAGCCAGUGCAACCAGAACCUGUGCAACAAGAACCAGAGCCAGUGCAACCAGAACCUGUGCAACAAGAACCAGAACCUGUGCAACCAGAACCUGUGCAACCAGAACCUGUGCAACAAGAACCAGAGCCAGUGCAACCAGAACCUGUGCAACAAGAGCCACUGGAGUCUGCAUCAAUUGAGCCUGUGGAGAUGCCUGAAAUUAAGCCAGAGGACUUGGUGAUGAAAGCAGAGUUGAAAAAGGAGCAGGACCAGUUGAAGGAAGAGAAGGAGCCACAGCAGCCAAGGGCUCAUCAUCCAGAGCCAGCCAAUGAAUGGGAGGCUGAGCAGGCGACCCAGACCAAAACGGAGGAUAACCGAUACAACCGUAAGAGGCCAUGCGAUGAAGGCCGCGGUUAUGGAUACUAUGAACAUCGGGAGGAAAAAAGGGGACGUUCUCCCCAGCCUCCAGCAGAGGAAGAGGAAGAAGAUUUUGAUGACACUCUUGUGGCCAUUGAUACUUAUAAUUGCGAUCUGCACUUCAAGGUAUCACGUGACCGGUAUAGUGGAUACCCGCUGACCAUUGAAGGUUUUGCAUACCUGUGGUCAGGUGCACGAGCUUCCUAUGGUGUCAACAAAGGACGUGUCUGCUUUGAAAUGAAGAUAAACGAGGAGAUCUCUGUGAAGCACCUUCCCAGCAGUGAGCCUGAUCCUCAUGUAGUGCGCAUUGGCUGGUCUCUGGACACCUGCAACACACAGCUCGGUGAAGAACCGUUCUCUUAUGGCUAUGGAGGAACUGGCAAGAAAUCUUCCAAGUGUAAAUUCGAGGAUUACGGGGAAAAGUUUGGUGAAAACGAUGUCCUUGGGUGCUACAUUGACUUCGAUAGCGGUGAGGAAGUGGAGAUGGCCUUCUCAAAGAACGGCAAGUGGCUGGAUGUGGCCUUCCGUGUGUCACAGGAGGAGUUGGCCGAGCGGCCACUCUUUCCCCACGUUCUUGUGAAGAACUGUGCCAUUGAAUUCAACUUUGGCCAGAAAGAGGAGCCCUUCUUCCCCCUGCCUGAGGGAUACACCUUCAUUCAGGACGUCCCUCUGGAGAACAGGAUGCGGGGGACUGUUGGGCCUGCCACCAAGGCUGACUGUGAGCUAUUGAUGAUGGUUGGCCUGCCUGCGUCUGGGAAAACCACCUGGGCCUUGAAGCACGCGGAGGAGCACCCUGCAAAGAACUACAACAUCCUGGGCACCAACGCCAUAAUGGAGAAGAUGAAGGUGAUGGGGCUGCGGCGUCAGAAGAACUAUUCUGGUCGGUGGGAUGUCCUGAUCCAGCAGGCCACACAGUGUCUGAACAGGCUGAUCCAGAUCGCUGCCCGCAAGAAGCGUAACUACAUCCUGGAUCAGACAAAUGUAUAUGGAUCAGCCCAGAGACGAAAAAUGCGUCCUUUUGAAGGUUUUCAACGCAAGGCUAUUGUAAUUUGUCCCACGGACGAGGAUUUAAAAGAGCGAACGUUAAAGCGAUCUGAUGAGGAAGGGAAGGAUGUUCCCGAUCAUGCUGUAUUUGAAAUGAAAGCCAACUUUGUGCUCCCAGAAGCUGGUGAGUUUCUUGACAACGUGACCUUCAUCGAGCUGCAACGAGAACAGGCUGACACACUGGUAAAGCAAUACAAUGAGGAGGGCCGCAAGGCCGGCCCACCCCCAGACAAACGCUUCGACAACCGCCAAGGAGGAUUCCGUGGUCGCGGUGCACCUUACCAGCGCUAUGACAACCGUGGUGGCCCCCAAGGAGGAAGGGGAGGCUAUCAGAGUCAAGGUGGCAACUUCAGAGGAGGGUAUAACCAUGGAGGCUACCAGCAGAACCGCUGGGGGAGCAACCGUGAUGGUGCUGCAGGAGGACAACAUGGCUACAACCGCAACCAGCAAUCUGGAGUGAGCUACAAUCAGCACCACCAAGGACAAUAUAACAAGGGAGCCACUGGGAGUUACAGCCAAGGACAGCCACAGACAUACAACCAGGGUUACAAUCAGGGCAACUACAACCAGGGUUACAACUACGGCAGCUACAGCCAGUACCCAGGUUACAGCCAGAGCUACAGCCAAACUCCUGCCGCCUCCGCUGCUCCUGUUGCCACUGGACAGACCUACAACCAGCAGCAACAGACCUACAACCAGCAGUAUCAACAGUAUGCACAGCAGUGGCAGCAGUAUUACCAGAACCAGAGCCAAUGGAAUCAGUACUACAGCCAAUAUGGAAACUACAGCCAGGGUUCUCAGGGCCCCCAGGGAACACAGUAGGCCUAAAGUAGUGUGCUGAUGAGACGGAUCUCAUUCCCUCAGCAGCAUUCCAUUGCUUAUCCUGCCUGCAGGCUAGACCUCUACCUUUUAAUUGUCAUACAUCUUCUUAAUGAUUAGCCUUCGCUUUCUUAUAGCUUACAUUUUCAAAAAAAAUGUAAGGGUUCAGUUUUUCUUCCCUGCCUUUUUAGAUCCAGGAUCUUUGUUCUUGCCACGCCACGACGUUAGCAUUAUUUUUGCAGUAGGUCCAGCAACAAUUUAGUAACACGCAGCUUAUUUUUCUUGCCUGUUCUAGACGUUGGCUAUUUGAAAUGAGCAACAGAGGUGUAGUUUAACAUGCAGAUGUAGGACAGUUCAGUGUUGCGCAGUGAAUGUUUAUUAGAGCUCAUAAAAGGUAGCUGGGAUUUGCAUGUGUACAUUUCAAUGUGUUUUUAAGAGAUGGAAUAUUUUUGGACAACAUUGUUUUUGUUUUCAUAUUUUGCCAUUGACACGACAUUUUUUAGUUUUAGAUCAAAGAACCAUACGUUUUAAAGAAUUUGGUGUUGAGUCUGGACUUAUUAUUCUCAUUUUGAUUUAACCAUUAAUAUUUUGCCCAUAUUUAUUGAAAUUGAAGACAGGCAUUUUGAUGACUGUUUUUCCUAUAACGUGUAUAAAAAGACAGUGAUUGUAAAAACCCACAUUUACCAGCAUUUUUCACACCAUUUAAAAUAUUCUGUAACAUGUCCCUAAAGUCGUUUUUGAAUCUUGUGAUCAAUAACUAGUUUGUGUGCUUGUAAAACGGUAUACCAUGUAUGUAAAACAGUAUCUGCAUAUGGUUCUGUGUUCAAACAAAAUGUAAUCUUUUUGUAUUUGAGAAUAUAAUCUGAAGAUUUUUACUUCAAAAUGUAAUUUUA